AUGUCUUUUCUCUUUCAUUUCCUUCUUUCUACCUUUUUUUUAUCAUUUAGGCCCCUUCGAGUUUUCAUUUGGCCUUCCUCUUCUUUUUUGCCUCUCUUUUUGAAUUUAUUCUUUCCUUCUUCCUCUUCAUCUACCCAUUUCUUCCUCUUCUUCUUUCUUCCUUCUCCUUUUUCUUCUUGCUUUCAUUGUAUGUGUUCUUCAUCUUCAUGUACCAAUUCUUCCCUUCUUCUUCUUCUUUCUUCUUCUUCUUCUUCUUCUUCUUCUUCUUCUUCUUCUCCUCCUUCUUCUUCUUACUCUCUUCCUCCUCCUCCUUCUUCUUCUUCUUGCUUUCAUUAUUUGCGUUCUUCAUCUUCUUCUCCUCCUUCUUCUUUUUCCUCUCCUCCUUCUCCUCGUUCUUCUUCUUUCUCUCCUCCUCUUUUUUUAUAUGUCCUUCUUUUUUCUUCUUCAUCUUCAUUUUCUUCUUCUUCUUCUUCUUCUUCUUCUCCUCCUCCUCCACCUUCUUCUUCUUCCUCUCUUCCUCCUCCUCCUUCUUGUUCUUGCUUUCAUUAUAUGCGUUCUUCAUCAUCAUGUACCAAUUCUUCCCUUCUUCUUCUUCUUCUUCUUCUUCUUCUUCUUCUUCCUUUCUUCCUCCUCCUCCUCCUCCUUCUUCUUGCUUUUAUUAUUUGCGUUCUUCAUCUUCUUCUCCGCCUUCUUCUUCUUCUCCUCCUCAUCGACCUCCUCCUUCUUCUUCUUCUUGCUUUCAUUAUUGCGUUCUUCAUCUUCUUCUCCCUCUUCUUCUUCCUCUCCUCCUCCUUCUUCUUCUUCCUCUCCUCCUCUUGUUCUUUCUUCUUCUUCUUGCUUUCAUUAUUGCGUUCUUCAUCUUCAUGUACCAAUUCCAUCCCUUUUUAUAUGUCCUUCUUCUUCAUUUUCUUCUUCCUCAUCAUCUUUUUCCCUCCUCCUCCUUCUUCUUCUUCUUCUUUCUUCCUCCUCUCUCCUCUUCUUCCUCUCCUCCUCUUCUUCUUCUUCUCUUCCUCCUCCUCCUCUCUUCUUCCAGCAAUUUUUAUUUCCUGUUGUUUUCUUUUUCUCUGUUCGUUCCUCCCUUUUAAUAUUAUUGGCACCCUGAUUUACCGCUUGCCUAAGCAAUAA